CUUCUAAGCAGUAUCUAACUACGAUUCAUCAACUUUCCCACAGAAAUGACCCAUCGAAAUCUGGAGGCUGUAUCUUUCUUAGUGUUCUUGGCUCUUGUUGCUUGCUCGGCAUCACGAAGGGACUACAGAAUGGGUUUGUUGUGCUCCGAGUGCAGGCCAAAUCCAGACUAUGCAGCAUGCAGUAUUGACAUCUUGAAUAGGACCCAUGCCAAUAGUGACAUUAUUAUAAGACGCACCGUAUCUGAUUUGAGAAUGCAGUUUUCUGUUACACAAAUCUCCAAUUUUUCGAAAACGAAAAUUAAACGGACUCUGAUUUUAAGGCGCCAGUACGAGUUUUGCAACCAAGAUCUUUUCGGCAUGACUGAUUACACUUCGCUCUACAUUAUUUACACGAUAAACGCAUUCUUCAAUGGCAGUCAACUUUCAUGUCCUUUAACGCCACGGAAUUUAUCAAUUCAGAGCUUUACAUUAACUUCUAACCUGAUCCCGUUUAAUUUGUUUUACAAACCUAAUAGUUAUAUAGUGGUGAACGGGACAUUUUUCGAAAUGGAUCGAGGAUCUAAGAUAUCCCUUGGACACUUCCUUUUGUAUCUAAAAAUUGAAAAAUUUCGGGUGAAAUACGAAAUAGGGUAA